UAUAUUUUUCACCAAAAUUUAUACGCUGAUUUAUUUAAUUCAAUUUUUAUUGAAUGUCGUUAUAAAGCAUUGAAUUAACAUAUCAACGAAUAUUAAAGAUAAAGAUAUUAUUAUACAAUACAUACAUUUUGCGAAAUAACUAAAAUAUUUAUUUAAAACCACUAGUGGUAGCAGCGGCAACAUAAGAAAAGAAAAUAAUAGAAAGCAAUAGUUUGCUAUUCACUAAUUAAUAACAUACAUACAUAGGCAUUGAGGCAGUACCAAUUUGGGCAGUUCAAUCAGUUCGUUCUUUACAGUCCGUCGUGGCGUUUCUAAAGAAGAGCAACAACGAAGAAAUCACAUUAUGAAUUUUAGCGACGCUUUACAGCCUUCUACAUUGGUGGAGAUUAUCAAAUUAUUUAAUAGCCUCCUCUCUACUUACACUACUAUCAGACUAUGCGCUUCAUUAAGUCGGAACCGUAUUAUGAGGGUCUUCCACCAUUUAAUGUGUCGGGUAGCCCCUUCAGUGUUGUUCCUAUACACAACUAUCCCGAGCUAAUGAAGAAGACAUGCGAGCUGAUUAACUCUGAAUGGCCGCGUAGUGAGACGGCUCGCAUGCGAUCGCUUGAAGCUUCCUGUGAUACACUUCCCUGCAGCUUAGUUUUAACUACGGACGGGAUGAAUCGUGUUAUAGCUCAUUGUAAGUUAAGCCAGAUAGCGUCCAAAAAGAUGGCCUGCUUUAUUGAGUCGGUGGUGGUAGACAAAAGUUGUCGUGGACAAGGUUUCGGCAAAUUAAUUAUGAAAUUUGCGGAAGACUAUUGUCGCAUCGUAUUGGAUUUAAAAGCCAUUUAUUUAUCAACCAUCGAUCAAGAUGGAUUUUAUGAACGUAUCGGUUAUGAAUACUGUGCGCCCAUAUCGAUGUAUGGGCCGCGUCAUUGCGAACUGCCUAGUUUGGAGAAUGCCAAAAAGAAAUACAUGAAGAAAGUCUUAUAGAUAUCAAUGCCAGUAUUUUUGCGUCAAACAAAAGGAAUUACAAAACUUAAUGAUUGGGAUAUUGGCGAAAUUACGAAGAGAAUGGAGAUCACUUCAAGAGGAGGCAAGAUUUACACGCUUUACAGCUUUUAAAAAGUUAAAAAGAUAUUAUACAUACAUAUAAUUAGAAAUAACGCUAUAUCGAAGAAACGCACAAGCCUUUGUCGAUAUUAACAAAUUAAAUUUGUUAUGAUUAAAGGAAAUGAACCUACGGACUGUAAUAUAGAAAUAUUUAGUUGUUAAAAAUAAGGUAUUGAAGUGAAUGUUGCGCCAACUCGGUGAACUAUCAGCUAUCUCUUCGAAUUUUUCGCUAAUCUGCAGCUAAAAGCUUUAAUAUACUACAAAUAAUUCCAUUAUUAUGCAUAAUUACAUAUUUUUACUGAUAUUGAUUUCCAAAUAUUGCUUUUUAAUUGUAUUUCUUUUUAUUAAAGUUUCAGUUCAUCUGCUUUGAUAUGCUAACAAAAAAGCUUUUAUUAUUUAUGCUGCAUUUCAUCAGCAUUAUUCUUUUUGGUAUUCGCUAUAUUUAUUAUUGA